AUGGAGGCCUCCAAGAAUUCAGAUUCCGUCGCGAUAAAUACAGAGAAAUUAGGAACAGAAUCUGCUGUUACAUCUGAAAAUCAAUUGGAAAUACCUUUGUUAGAAGAUUUACAGCUUGUUGAUAAACCACAGAAAACACCAGCACAAAAAGUCAUUAGAAAAACAUUCAAAAAAACAGCCAUUUUAUCAAAUCUUUUGCCUUCAGGUUCUGUUCUUGCAUUCCAAAUAUUAUCACCAGUUAUAACACAUGAAGGACAAUGUCAUUCUUCAAUAAGUCAUUCUAUGACAUUAAUCCUUUUGGGAAUUUGCGCGAUUUCUUGUUUUUUCCUCUGUUUUACAGACAGUUUUCGUGACGAAAGAGGCAAAGUCCGUUAUGGAUUGGCUACAUUCAGGGGUUUAUGGAUUAUUGAUGGCUCAUCCCCUCCUGAGGAUGCAGCAAUAUAUAAGAUGAAAUUCAUUGAUUUCUUUCAUGCUUUUUUGUCAAUACUUGUUUUUUGUGCUGUCGCGGCGUUUGAUCAGAAUGUGAUGAAAUGUUUGUACCCUUCUCCGUCUCCAGAUGCUCAGGAGAUUCUCGCAAUAUUGCCAAUGGCUGUUGGGGUGAUCUGCACGUUUUUGUUCGUUGUUUUUCCUACAACUCGUCAUGGAAUUGGAUUCCCUCUUUCGCGUUGUUAG